CCUUUAUUUAGCAAACAUUGAAAAAUGCCAUAAGUUUAUUGACUAAACAAGUGGCAUGUAAUAUAUUAAAUAAAAUGUUGAAAAUAAAUGGACUAAAAAGAGUGUACUUUCUUCUUUUACUAAGAGUUACCCCUUUUGAAUUAUGUCGUUAAAAAAGUAACAUGACAAAAUUAAUUAUCUCUUUACAAAUAUCGUUGAAACAGAAAAUAAGUCGUUCUUUCUGAAAAAAAUUAUGACUAAUUCUGGCACAACUGAGAUGUGUCGACGUUGUGGUUAAAAAACAAUCCAACAUAACACAACAAGUUUAAUAAUAUCACAUUCUUAUUUCACGGUUUAUUUUUCUAUGCAUCAGAAUGAAAUUUUUAUACAAUAUGGACGAAGAAAUUGCGCACAUUUCUGCAUAAUAGUGAUUUUUGAUUUAUGACACUAGUCAUGUAAAUGAGCGAUACAAAUUUGAAUCAUUUCGCUCAUUUACUUGAAUAGUGUCACAACUUAAAAAAGUCUAUUUUUCAGGAGAAAGAUUUAAAGUUUUCAGUUGUCUCUUAUUUAGCAAAUAUAGAAAAAUUCCAUCAGUUUAUUGACAAAUCUAGUGGCGUGUAAUAUAUUAAUACAAUGUUGAGCAUAAAUGGACCAAAUAGAGUGUACUAAUGCUUUUUCUUGGGCAUAAAGUUGACCCACUUUGAAUAUUAUAACUGAUUUACGUUAUGUUUGUGGUAGCACUCAAUUAUAUAUUGAUUUAUGUAUCAAAAUACAUCUUUACUAAUUAAUUAUUUUAAUAUCUAUCUUUCCAGAAUCAAUUCCAGCCAGCGAUGACUUCGAGCCGGCCGAAAAACUAUUGCGCAAAACAAUUCAGCUACAAAAAAUAGUAUAAACAAAGCAAAUAGUGUAAAUAAAGAAAAAAUAAACCCGAAGAUGAUGUGAAUAUUGAUAUAUAAAAAUUGUAUCCUCCCUGCAUGACAGGUACCGGCGAAUUCUCGAUGAAAAGCCAGGGAGCGGUACUAGCACUUUUAAUGAAAGUUUCUAUGCGAUUCUUAAGGGCGAAUAACAAAAAGUACCCGAAACUCUUGUGGAAAAUCCACAACAACAACAAUAGCAGUUACAAAUCUAGCGGUGUCAACAGCCAAGCUGAAAGUGGAAGCCAGGAAUUGGAGAAAAGCUCGUUUAGAAAACCUAGUGAUAAUACUGCGUACAAACCUGUAUCUACAAGUUCCGAAGCAGAUCCUUUUAGAAAAACUUCGCGUUUGGCUAGAUCGCCAGUGAAGGUUCUCUCCGCAAAGUGACCUGUGAGGGCGAAAUCGUCACCACCAGCGCUAGAGGAGAACACACCGAUAGCGAAAGAAGUGCAAUCUGUAGAAAUCACACCAAAAAGACCACGUGAUGAUAAGCAGAAACGAAGGAGCCCUCCAAAAAGGACCAAAACAUUCCACGAAGGUCCAAUGGCGAAAACAGGGGAAAAUAUAAACCGUAAGGGUGGAGAAAAAGACUCGACAAGGGAAGAAACUUGGAUCAUGAUACCAAGUAAAGCGCGAAAAAAUAAAAACAAGAAGAACAGUGGUCGGCACUCCAUACCACAAUUGUGCCGACUCAAGUCACACGUACGCUUACGCUCUAUCAUUCAGUCGUUUUCGAACCAGCAACGAGUAAACAUCGCGCAUGGCUAUGGCACUUUGCAUAAGUGCCCUGCGCGAAAUGCCUACUUUUAUGAAUGUCGUUUUAUGUUAUGUAUUACAUUUAUGGUUUUAUGCUAUUUAAAGACAGUGUUCUAAUAAAUAUAUUUGUUUAAAUAAUAAAAUAACUAAAAUGAAUA